ACAUUUGGAGGAGGAGAAGAAGACAGGUACAGUACUUGCUCUGAAGUGAGCAGCGUCCAGGAUUUGGAGGACCCCCCUCCUAACAUGCUUGGGACACUCCUAUCCGAAAUAUACACUCAGUACCAGUGGACAUCAGGCGGCCUGCAAACACCCAGUUUUGACAGUAACGUAUACGAUGACUACGUGCUGCAGGACAACUGUUUGGUUAAGAGGGAACCAAUAUCCCAUCUCACCAGGGAGCAACUAGAGGAGAAGAGUGUGGAGGAAAUACAGACGAUCAUAAAGGAUUUGAAGUUGAGAACAAAGGAACAAAGCACAAAACUCGUCCACCUUUUGAAGAGACGUGACCAGGGCAAGACCAGACAGAAGAGAGGGUAUGCGCUUCUCACUAGACUUCUUCAGACUGUCUUCAGGAAAAGCAAAAGUAACGGUAUCCCGUCCAGACUGAAGUUCUGUAUGCCAGCCCCCAGUGAUGCUCGCCAGUUUAACAACUGGCUGGACGCUCUGAGAGCGGUUGCCCAGCUGGCCCCCUACGGUAUAGAUCCUAUCUGGAGACCUGAGGUGUGGUUAGGGUGUGCUGAACACAAUUACCGAGAUGUGGAGUGGUCCUCAGUCUUGAAGUUCGCUUUCAACGAGAAGCUCAACCCUGAUGAUCAUAUGUUGGGAGUUCAGAUUGUAAAGGAUCUCUACAGAACUGGUUCAUGCAGACUUCUCUCCCCCAGUGACGACAGAGCCGCUCUUAAACGAGUCCUGCUCGGUUACGCUAGGUGGAAUAAGGAAGUGGGGUACUGCCAGGGUUUCAACAUCAUAACAGCAGUACUACUAAAAGUACUAAACAACAACGAAGCAGCUGCUCUGAAGGUGAUGAUACAAGUGGUUGAGAACCUGCUCCCAGAACACUACUUCAACAACAACUUGGUGGCUCUCAGUGUGGAUCUGGCCGUGUUCAGGGAGCUGCUCAGGGUACACGUGCCCAGGCUGUGGGCCCAUAUCACUAAGUUACAGGGCCCUGUUAGUAAGGACCCGGCUAAAAGUGAUAUUACUUACGAGCCUCCUCUCACUAACGUCUUCACUAUGCAGUGGUUCCUCACGCUAUUCGCUACUUGUCUUCCAAACGAGAUAGCACUGAAAGUAUGGGACCUGAUAUUCCUGUACGGAGCGGAAGUGUUAUUCAGAGUAGCUCUAGCGAUCUGGAGUAGUCUCCAGACUGUAGUUCUCACAACCCACACCUGCGAUGAGUUCUACAUGCAAAUGAGCACCGCUGUACUGGAUAUCCGACAAGGACGACACAUCACGUGCGAAGAACUGAUGAAGAAGAUCCACUCCAUCCCGCCGCUGUCCCAGGAGAAACUACAAGAGUUCAGGGAGGAGAUAAUGUACAACAUCCAGCCGCCCAACCUGGGACUUUACGCCAAGGAGCAGGAUGUCCACUGUAUGUCCCUUCUUCUCAACAGUAACCCGAAAGAAGUAAUACCGACAAAGCCGGAGCACAGCAAACCGUCACUCCGGGAGACGAUAAAGAAGAGAGAGGUAGAAGUGACGUCACGGGACAUCCAGACGCUCCUGGCAGACUACCGCAACAAGACCAAGAAACAGAAACUGAAGACCAAACAACCGGGGCCCGCCACUGCCAUCAGGUGUGUUCCUGACCUGGGACUCCGCCGGAAACUCCCGGAGAAAGCCUUCAGUUUCGACACAGCAGAGCUAAGCACGAGGCAGAUCCUACUACAACAAGUGUCAGGAUUCAGUCCGUCUCAACGACCCAACACCCCCAGAAAGGCCUCCUUCCCCGCCUUGAACCACAUGAGGAACGGUACUCCCACUAGUAGGAAGUGCCUGUUCUCAGACCAGGAGCCCGAGUCUCCCACCACAGCUAGCACCAAUAACUCCUCCAGCAGCUUCUCCCUCGUCACAGACGCACUAGCUCACAUCAGGAUUAGCAGGAUUCCUGAUACCCAGACAGAGGAGUUCUGUAACUCCGGCUACUCCCUUCAGCGCCCUAUCCCUGAGAAACAACCUUCCGGGAUUCAAGCUCAAACACAGUCCUAUAACCAAGACAUCAGCCCACUUCCCAAACCAGACUCUCUCUCUGACGACCAGGAUGAAACUUUAACAGAAGUUUAUUUCAUGGAAGGAGAAGAUCUGGACACUACAACGGAUCACGAUACUUCCGAACUAUCAGCCGAACAGAAACGAAAACAAUGGCUGAAGAAGUCCAAGACAAUAUCGACCCUGGUGUACAAGAGUAAGGACGGUGGAGGAGGCGCUGGAGGAGGCGCCGCCUCAGUUCCGAGCUCUCCUCGACCUUUCUCUCCUUACAAACCCUCCCACUUCAGCUUCGAUAACGGGUAUUCCAGCUCAGUACAGCAGAGCAACUCCCUGCUAGUGAAGCAGACCACAAACAGGGAUAGUGAGACCCAGGGCAGCACUUUCAACAAUGUCACUAGGGUGGUCCACGCUGGUCUUUCCAGUGACCCCUACUUUAACCUUCGUAAAAAUCAGGCAUUCCUCGCGGACAUGCAUUCCUGGUCCCUAGCAAACGCGACCUCCUUACCCUUCAUGGUGGACAAUAGAGACAGAAAGAGGUCCAAGUAGAGACUUCCUCAGACUAAAUUUUGGAUUGAGAUACAGCAAGUGCUCUUCAGUGUUUGUUGAAAUGUUGUCUGCUGAAAGAAUGUUAUUUAAAUCGUUGAAUUUGGGAUACAAGAAUUGCGUUUUUAAAUUACCAGAUGUUGUUUAUGAUAAAUAUUUACACGUUUAUUUAUUAAUUAUAUCAUC